CCAAACUCCAUCUAAAAUAACACCCUCCUCCCCCGCCGCCACCACCAUCGCCAUUGCGUCGCGACGCAUCCUACAGCCGCGCGCGCGCCCAAGGGGAGGGGACGGGAGGGGGAGAAUAUCAAAAGGCAGGAAAGGAGAGGAGCGGAGCCCCGGGCGGAGGAGAGAAUAGGAAGCCCCCCUGGACGACCCCUUCCUCUGUCUUCCAUUCCAUUCCCUCGCGGCCCUGCUCGAUCAAGAGCCACACCUCCCGGUUCUCGCGGCGUCCUGUUUCCUUCCUUCCCGUGCCCGCUCUGGUUCCUGAUCGAGGCGUGGAGGGGGGAGUAAGAUGAGUCUCUUCGGUCUUGGGAGCAAGAAUCAGAAGACAUUCAGGCCUAAGAAGAAUGCUCCAUCGGGAAAUAAGGGUGUGCAGCUGAAAAAACAUAUCGAUGCAACCUUAGGAAGCGGGAAUCUGAGGGAUGCGGUUCGGUUGCCGCCGGGGGAGGAUCUCAAUGAAUGGCUAGCUGUUAACACUGUUGAUUUCUUCAACCAGGUGAACAUCUUGUACGGUACCCUGAUGGAAUUCUGCACACCAGCUACAUGCCCCACAAUGUCAGCAGGACCCAAGUUUGAGUACAGAUGGGCUGAUGGGGUGCAGAUCAAGAAACCAAUCGAGGUUUCAGCGCCGAAAUAUGUAGAGUACUUGAUGGACUGGAUCGAGGCCCAGCUUGAUGACGAAUCCAUCUUCCCUCAGAAACUUGGAACCCCUUUCCCACAAAAUUUCAAGGAAGUUGUGAAGACAAUAUUCAAGCGCCUUUUCCGUGUUUAUGCCCAUAUUUACCACACACAUUUUCAGAAGAUUAUGAGCCUUAAGGAAGAGGCACACCUUAACACCUGCUUCAAGCAUUUUACAUUGUUCACCUGGGAAUUCAAGUUGAUUGACAAGGCUGAGCUUGCGCCCCUUAUUGAUCUAAUUGAAUCCAUUGUUUCAGUGUGCUGAGACAGCGUCAAUGGUUGUUUGGAUCGUUCUUGUUCUUUUUAUUUUGGUUAUAGUAAGAGUGCAGAAAGAGUGAGAGGGAAAGGCCCAAAGAAUGGCCAAAAAAGUUAAAUUUUCUUUGUGUAAUGUUUGGCGUCUGCUCUAAGAGUGAGACCAGACCAGGCUUGCCUUGUGAAAUCCUGGACAAACUAUUUGGGGGGUGACUCUUAACCAUGCUAAUGCGCCCUGUUUACAACUAGCAGGAAUUUCUCUGUACAAGGGGAAAAAACUUUAUCCCUCGGUCCAUGUAAUAGUUCUCGAUUCACGGAUGUGUCCUGAAUGAAGAACGAGUUAUUUCCACUCAGAACAAUGUAUCUCAAGUUGUAGUUCGAUCUAUAUGAACUUGAACUGCAAUGGAGUGCUAGUGAAUUUUUCUUCAUAUUUGAAUUUACGUUAGACAUGAGUCAGUCAAUCAAAUCAAGGAUAUGCAAUCUUCCAUGGUUCCCCCUGAAAGACUGCAGCGUCAAGACUCAUGUCCUUGCCGUUCAGCCACUAGGGAAAGCUGACGCUGACUUGUGGUGCCCACCGCCCCGCGCGGAUAAGAAUCACGAAGCAACCGCAAGCUGCUACUGCUGGUGCUCCACCUCCAUCCAUGGCUCAUCCCCUUCUCUCCUCCGCUUCUCCUCGCUUUCUUCUCGCCGCCGCAGCAGGCAAUGGCGUUCCCCGGCUGUCCGUGACGUCAGCACGCCCCGCUGCUCGAGGUACUACUGUGAUCGUAACCUUAGCAUCGCCAGUUCUCAGCCAUUCAAAAAUCAUUCAGCGGCCAACAUGAGUUACUUCCUGCUUCCCUCCCUUGAGAUCAUGACAGCAGUCCAGCACUUGAGCUAUGCCUCUGGAAGUCUGGACGAUCAUGCGCGUGUCUACGGAUAGCCCUCUUUAUUAUUUUUUUGUUUUUUGUUUCUGAUAAUUAUAACGCUAUUUGUAUUGUUGCUGGUAGUUACAAAUGGUAACACCAUCUCGAUAAUUACAUAUGCUUCUUGCUUCA